AUGACGACUACCGACCUUGAUCAGCUCAUCGAAAUGGGCUUUGAGAAAGAAAGGGCGGAAAUAGCGACGUCUAAAACUGGAGGAUUGCAAGCUGCCCUCGAGUGGCUCGAAGCCAACCAAGACAAGUCGCUUGAAGAGAUCAAGGCCGCAACAACUCAAGAUGAUGAUGAAGGGCCUCCUUUGAAAGAGGGUGAAGAGCCUCGGAGCUUAGUUUGCAACGAAUGCGGAAAGAAGUUAAGAAGCCAUGCCCAGGCUGAAUUCCACGCAUCAAAAACACAGCAUGUCGAUUUCUCAGAGUCGACCGAGGAACUUGCACCCUUGACCGAGGAGGAAAAGAAGAACCGCCUUACAGAACUGCGGGAAAAGCUUGCUGCCAAGCGAGCCGUGCAGUCAGAACAAGACAAGCUGGACAAAAAGAGAAACGAGGAAAUUCGUCGCAAAAAUACAAAGGAGUCUCAGGACAUCAAGGAAGACCUGCAACGAAAAGAACAGAUCAAAGAGGCCGCCAAGAAACGGAAAGAAAAGCAAGACGAGAUAGACGCCAAGGCACGAAUUAGAGCGAAGAUAGCUGCAGAUAAGGAGGAGAGGCGUUUGAAGGCCGAGCGAGAAAAGGCUGAACGAGCAGGCCAAGCUCCUCCACAGCCUGCACCAGCGGCCCCUGCUCCAACUUCGUCCGGACCAGUGACCUCCAAACCGGCAUCGGCAUACGCAGAAACUCGUUUACGAUUCCAAACAAGCCAAGGAAACAUUCUCAAGACACUUCCCGUCGAAACAACGUUAUUCGAGGUUGCUGCAGCUCUCAGCAAGGACGACGGGAUUGAAGUCCAAUCCUUCACGCAAAACUUUCCUCGCAAAACCUUUGACGCUGAUUCGUUUGGAGAGUCGCUAAAAGACCUCGGCCUUGUCCCGAGUGCUAGUCUUGUAGCGAAAUGA